UUUGGAUAGAUGAUGAGUACAAAUUAAAAAAAAUGACAUCAACUGCUUAUUAAAUGCAAAGAAUAAGGUAAUUUUUACUUUUACAAAGUGUGUUUAAUUGUGAAAUAAAUAGCAAUAUUUUAUGCAUUUAAUUCAUUAUUGAGAGGAAAUCAUGAAGAAUACUGAAUUAGGAAACACAAUAACAUUUAACGUUUCUAAGAAAGAAGUUCUAAACUUAGAAGAUGUUAAAGUCUGUUGCAGAAAACUUAUUUCUAUGGGUUUCCUAGUUGCAGUGAAUAAUGGUGAGAUAUCAAAAGAGGUACUCAGGAAAUCAAAAAUAAUUGUGUUUUUGUGCCCCAGAGAAAAUUUCACAUCGGUGGAAAUCAAUUGCCUUCGAAAAUAUAUUAUGAAAGGUGGUAAAGUUUUGGUUACGGGACACGUAGGUAAAAAAACUUCCAACUUGUUUAUCUAUCUCAAAAUGUACGGAAUAGACUUUUUCAGUGAUUGUGUAAUUAGAGUGCAGCGGCACCCAAAAUACCACGAUCCUAAAGAAUGCCAGAUUUCUGAUGGAAUCGCCAACAAAACCUUGUAUUCGUUGGUUUAUUGUGACGGUGGCGAUGCUUUAUUACCAAAACAAUUCCCUAUUUUGUAUUCUCAUGGGUGUACCAUAGACAUAAACCAAACAAACAUCGUAUUGUUGUCGACUGGUAGUGUGUGUUAUCCUUUCCAUAGACCCAUUUGUGUGAUUUGCCGAAACAUCUCAAAUGGUGGAAGGGUUACAGCUUUUGGGUCUACUUUGGCGUUUAGUGAUUCUUAUAUUUUGAAGGAAAAAAAUCUGGAGAUAUUUCAUUUGUUGAUUACAAUAAUGAUUGAUGAUACUAUUGUAUUAAAUAUAGCAGAUAUUCAAAGUCCUGAUGUUUUGGAGUAUGCUGUCAUACCAAAUAUUUGCUGUUUGUCUGCAUUGCCAUACACAUGUUUGCAAGAAGUUGAUCAUAUUUCUCGCAAUCUGCUCCAAGUUGCUAAACCACCGCUUUAUCAAUUUGAUAACAAAUUUUUCCCUAAAAUAUUAUCAGCAUAUAAAGAAAUGAAUAUGAUACGGAAAGAAUUAACAAUCAUCAAGCCAAAGUUUGAAGUACCUUUUCCAGAAAUACAGCCAGCUUUUAUUCCACCAAGAUUUAGGAGUUUGUCAAUUCCGCCAUUAGAACUGAUGGAUUUGGACGAUUUUUUCGUUUCGCCUUUAACUAAACUAGAACAACUAACUAAUAAGUACUGUGACAAGGAACUAGAGUAUUAUAUAAAAGCAUGCGUUGAGAAUAUUUUGUUAUUUCCAAGUUGUACAGGAAGAAGUGCAAAAGAUAUUUUAUCUCAAUUUUUACAAGAAUUAGUUCUUUUCAAAAGUAAUUGUUUUUAAAAAUGCUUUUGCGCGAAAUGUAUGUUGCC